GUUGGUCGCGUUUCGAAAGAAAUCGAAUCGUCGAUAAGGUGGUAUUCGUUAUCGAGGAUAUACCAGGGACGAUCGUGUCACGAACAAUGGCGUGGGUAUCGCGCGUGGUUAACAAUUUCCAGGUAUCGCGAAGGAUAUAUCAAAGUCUGGUGUAGGAUAGGUGGAUGGGUUCGGCCACGGGUGGUUUGCUGGCCGCCGAGUGAGAGCGAGAGAGUGAUAUAUAUAUAUAGAGAGAAGGGGAAACUCGACUCGGCACUCCAAAGUACACAGCCUCCGCGAUUGCAGUGGUGUGCUUUCGGCUCCUUCUACGCCCGUUUCGAUAUUCAUUCUUCGCGGCAUCGCGACCGUGUCAACACUCGAGCGACGCGGCUUUCAACAAUUCCGCACGUUGCACGAAUCAAGAGGGGCCAGCCUAUUUCCUCCGUCGUUACCAACAGACCGACGCCCGUCCGACGUCCACGGUCAUCCGACGCACGCCAUGAAACUCGCACUAUUCGCAUUGGUGGCCAUCGGCUAUCUGGUAGCCGUGGUCCGAUCGGUGGAGGAGGAAUACGAUUACGAGGAAGAACCGGCCGCGCCGGUCACCCCGCCACCAUCGAGAUCCAACUCGCCUCGACUCGGAGGCCUGUUGUCCUCGCGAGGACGAGUGAACGUCCCGAGGAAAACAUCCGCAGCAGCAGCGACGCAGUCGACGACCGCGAAGGCGGUGGAGCCGGCCGUGGAAGCUGAAGAAGAGGCGGACGAAGAGUACGAGGAGAACCAAGAACAGGAAGAACAAACACCGACCACCACUACGGAGUCCUCCAAAAAGGUCCGCGGCGGUGUCAGACCCUUCAGGUCGAACCAGGACCUAUUAGCCGCGCUGAAACGGAGGAGGGCCCAGGUAGGACCCAGCAGCAGCCAUCGAGACUCCUCGGCCACUCAAUCGGCCACCGAGUCCACAACGGCGAAAUCCAAGGGUGCCACGACCAGUCGUAAUAAAAGCAACAACGGGGCGAGCGAAUCGAAGUCGUCGGGACGCGGCAGGUUCGGGGCGACCCGAGGCAGCAAACCCGUCCAGGAGGAGGUAGAGGAGACCCAGCGGGAGGAGGUCCAAGUAAAACCGAAGCCUUAUCGUAGAGGAUAAACGAGGGAAGCAAAAUUCCACAUUUUAAUCGACGAGCCGCGUUCGAAAAGCGACGCCAGACGGCGGGAAGACAGUAACCGCCGAACGGACUGUGUACGAGCAAAAAUGAUAUGCAUUAGAACAUUAGAUCAAGACAAGUGUACAUAGAAGAAGGCUGUCAUUCACCGAAUACUCAACGUACUUACUGUAUAAAUGUAAAUUAAUGCAAUAAAAUUCGUAAUAAAAAAA